AUGGCUAAUAAAACAUGGAAUGACAUGUUUAAUUAUGCUUUAUGCAAUGCAAUGGCUGCUGUAAAAUCUGAUCAUUCCCCUCUUCAUAUUUGCAUGCAAAACCUGGAGUAUGGAAGAGGGAGGAGAAAUAGAGUGUUUAGAUAUGAAGCUGCAUGGGAGCUGAAGGAGGAGUGUGGUGGUAUUGUGAAGGAAGUUUGGAGCAAGGUGGCGGAGGGAACUAUAAAGGCAGGGAUGAUAAGGUCUAAACUUGAACAAUGUAAAAGGGGGUUGAUAUCUUGGAAACAAAAGACUAUACAACAAGACCAAAGGGACAUCUCUCGAGAUUUGGCUAGUAUUAGCCAUUUGCAAGACACUGGUGAUGGAUCCCACAUGGUCCAAAUUGCAGAAACUUCAAAGGAGAGUUGA